ACAAAUUGCAAGAUUCACUCGAGGAGAACAGCUGCAACAAACGUCCAAAGUGCAGAUCAUGCAAUUCCACGCGCCACUCGCAAUGUGAUGCGCAGACUUGAGCGGUACAUAUUGACCGAAUGAGCAGGGCUAAAGAGGCCAACUCUCCGAAAACCAUGCCAUAUCCGAAGUACACGUCUAGCGCGACGCUUCGAACCAAGACUGGAUGCUUGAUGUGCCGUCUCAAGCGAAAGAAAUGUAACGAGCAAAAGCCGCAAUGUUCAAGGUGUAUGAAAUCCAACAGGGUCUGCUCAUGGCCAACUCAGGACGAUUUACGUGAUCGUCGACAUCGUCAUGGCUCUCCAGUUCCUCGACCGUCCUCUUCGUCGAGUCUUGAAUAUGUCUCACCAGACCCUGAGCAUGUGGAACCGCUUCAUGAAAGACGACCUGCGAGACGGCCAUUGUGCAUCAAGGUUUCUCGCGAGAUCUCUCCCUGUGAUGAUCUGGUUGCUUCUGGACAUUUCAAAUCGGAUCUUGAAGUGGACUGUUUUCGCCAUUUUCUGUACGAGGUGAUGCCCCCUCUGAUUCUUCCAAGUUCGCAUGCCAGUUAUCGAGCCGAAUACUUGCCAGCGACAACGAAUAUGAUGCCCAUGUUUAGUGGAUUGAAAAAUGUAGUGCUAGCAUGUGGUGCAUCCCAUAAACAAUUCCACACCGGUAAUGCAGAUCUGUACGAAGCUGGGCUGAAUUUUUAUUCUCAGGCCGUUUCCGAUGUUGGACAGGCUUUGCAUUUGGUUGAUUGGAAGAGAGAUGGCUUCGAAGACAGUGUGCUGUUAACUGUGGUAUUACUUUAUGUGCAUGGGAUCAUCUUCUGUGGCACAAAAAGAGACAUUCGCAAACACUUGGAUGGUGCGAUUCAGUUGAUGACUCUUCGAUGCGCACAGUCCCGAAAAGCACCCAUUAGUCGACCAUUUGACCGCAUCAUGUGGGAGUCUAUUUUGUACCAAAGCUUCCGGCAGAGUGUGAGAAAUCCUUUCUGGAAGGAUUACCAGCCCGACGACAAAUUCUAUCAAUUCGCUGAGAAAGUACUGGAUAGUUCGGGGUUUUCAUACAUGACGGAUCGAGAGAGUAGCCCUGUGAUCGGAUUUCCGCUCAAACUCCAAAAAUUCAUCAUCUCCGUUGUGCGAGUGAGUCAAAGUCGUGUCAAGCCAGACGUCGAAACUCUGAAUUGCCUGGAAUCUGAGCUGAAAUACUGGGAGAGCAUGGUCAUUGACGAGCAAGUCUGUAUGGACGGCGGUCAUCCAGACUAUCUGCUUCUCAACUCUUCUGACAGAGCUGAAGCGUUCAACCAGCAUUCAACAAGCCUGCACAUCCUUGCCACGUCAUUGCUUAUGCACUGGAUCAAGAACUCGCAUGAUGUUUCUGAUCAACCUUGUUGCCAUCUGCCGCCACCAAUUGAUUCGUGGCAAAUGGAUCGAGCGUUGAAGAUCAUGACAUGUACAGAAUCCAAACAAGGGUGGACUCGGUGUUACCUUGGCUCAUGGCCAACGUUGAUUUUCGGAUACGCAGCUUCAGAUCUGAGAUCGAUCGAGAUAUUGCGUCGAGAUGUGCAGGACAGAACAGCACAGAUGAGUAGCGGGGAAGACUUAGUGAUAUUAGAUGAGUUGGAACUCGUCUGGCGCCAACGAGGAUUUACAAGAGAGAAGUGAUACUGAUGGAAGCAAAGGGGGAAGGAGAAGAAAUGAAUGUAAUGAUCCAAUAAUUCAAUGAACUUGAUAGUCAAGUUACUCAUGAGUGGAGUUCCUUUCUCAGACAAUAUGAUAGGCAAGGGUUGGUCCUGCCUUGGUGAGA